GAAACGUCAGAUAACGCACCUGUUGCAAACGGAGGAUCCGAGGGAAUCCUGUUGUCACGGUGCAUCAUCGGACUCACUAUUGAUUUGUUAAAGGAGCCGGCAGCGGAGAUGCAAGUAGUCAGAUGCCUUAAUCUAGUACAUAUACUAAAUUUAGUUCACAAGUCCUGUUUUGGUAGACACUUUGAUGAAGCAGUUGCGCAAAGGUAUACCGAAACUUUAGUCCUAGUCGCAAUUUCCAAAAAAGAUGAGGCGAUGAUUGUCAAGGAUCUAUCGUGGCUAUGGCGUACCGCAUACAAUUGUGCCAUCGACGUGUCAACAGAAUGGAACAGCGAGAUUGUUGCCCAGUUAUUCGACAUAUCGAGGGAGAAUUGUUUCGUGACGUGUCCAUGGAUGCCAAUGAUCCCGUGGUACACGCUCAUAUUGUUUUCGCUUCAUUUUCUUCCAUCUCAGCAAGAGUGUUCACCGCUCGACAAACGAAUCCUCUGCCAAAAGAGCGCUUGACCAUUACUGAGGACGCCGAAACUCUGCUACGGUUCGUUCAGCAACACGAAGCUCUCAUCAAUGGUCAAGUCGAAGAGGAACGCCUUCGUGUCCUCCUUGCCAUCAAAGUAGGGUGCCAUGUGCUUGGUACUCCACUGUGUACUUCUCUCUUCGUUAGGACGCUUCCGCCUCCAGCCUUUCGCUGAAUUUGGACACAUGUGAAGCCAUUGCUGAUAUCUUGGUGCGUGUCUAUCCAAGCUGCCAUGAGAGUCGAUCAAG